CUUCUUGAUUUUAUUUGCUGCAGCAGUAUAUGCAGAAUUAGCAGGAGAACGACAGCUCGAGAAACGCAGAGAAAAAAAAAGAAAUAGUGUUGUGUAACGUGGGUUUAAGCGUGCGGUGCACGGUCAUGGAUGUGCAGCCUGAUGGAUAUUGGAACCUUCUAGCAAAGCGUUAAGCAAGCAUCGUUUGCUGCAGUGGUUAUAAAAAGAGAAAACAAAAGCUAAACAAUGAGUUCCUUCUUCAGCAGCAGUGGAGUGACAUCUUGAACCUAUUCCACGCUGAUUAGUUGUUGGCGGAGAUCACCUACCUUGCCUAGUGUUUGCAGACCAGACUCGAAGUCAUGUCUAUUAUGGACCAUAGUCCCACCACUGGGGUGGUCACAGUAAUUGUGAUCCUUAUUGCCAUCGCUGCCCUGGGGGCUUUGAUCCUGGGAUGCUGGUGUUACCUGCGACUCCAGCGCAUUGGCCAGUCAGAAGACGAGGAGAGCAUUGUGGGAGAGGGGGAAACUAAGGAGCCUUUUCUACUUGUGCAGUAUUCUGCAAAAGGACCAAGAGUGGAAAGGAAAACCAAGCUGACCCCCAAUGGCACGGAAAGUCACAGUUAACUUUAUAAGCCCUCGUUACCUGGGAGGUCCUCCUUUCUGACCCCAGUGGAGGCUGAACUGCAGGCUGUGAAAUUUCAUACUGUGAAGAUUUAAACGAAUAAGCUGCUUCCCCUGCUCAAAGUUUCCUUUGACUUAAUAAUGGACUGUUUUAUGACUGGACAGUGCCUUGAGGCUUUGGAGGGUGACAUUUUUAAUGAAAAGACUGCAUGCACUGAAGGGGACAGUUUUUGGAGGGGGUGGGAGAAACGACUGGGGCCUUGGAGCUGUGGCUGGAAGGUGGGCACUUAUAGACUUGGCUUUGUUUUUGUUUUUUUUGCACAGUACAGUACAUCCAACUUGGCAAGUCAGUUGAGCCUAACCCUUUGAACAAGCAACUGCUAAUCAUGUAAAUGUGAAUUGUAAAUAUGCUGAAAAUCGGGGAAUUUGAUCUCCUUUUCCUUGCCGUGUUACAUACCGGACUGGAGUGACACGCUCAGAGCUGUAGAGGGUGCGAUGACACUACUGCUACAGGCUGUAACAGAAAGUUGGAUUGUGCUUUUUUUACAACUUGUACACCUCUAGGUUAGACGCAGGUGCUUAUUUUGGAGAGAUUGUGUUUUAAUACGUGAACAGUGUUAUCAGCAUGGUGGAUGUGUUAUUGAUUGCCAUUUUUCGUGUACAAGCGUAGCUGCUGUAUUUUAUUCUAUGAAACUGUGCUAAAAUUGGAAGAUGGCGACUGCAGUGAUGCUACCAUGUUGUUAAAACGGGCAGUUUUGACCAGUGAUAGAUUGAUUGUGAAGUGUGGUUGAGGUAGGACUGCACUCUUGGAAGCCAAUCUGGAUGGUCCACUGCGAUCAACGGUGGUUGAGCAGAGUCUAUUUUGCUAACUGUACAGAGCAUGCUGAAACAAUCCUGAGCAGAACUGAUGUUUUAUAUUGUAAAAUGUUUUUUCCACUUGAACUGGAAUGGCUGUAGUUUUCCCUUUUUGUAUACUGUCACCUCUUUAAAGAUCAAGCGACGUUGCACAUUAACAGGUUUCUUCCCUGAUAAGUUUUAAAGAGCCACACUAAAUGCAAUUGUAAGUGUAGCAGAUUUGUUUUUAAAUGGUUGCUUACAGUGGAUUUCAGAUUUUAUACCAAAUUUUUCCUCCUUCUCAUUUGAGAUGAAAUUAUUUUUGGAAGCUAAAGACUUCAAUGGAUAGCAUUAAUGAAACUUUAACCCUAAUCAUACUUAAAUAGGUGUAGAUUGUUGUACUGUUGAAAACAGGAUUUAUGAAAUCAUUUCCACUUUACCAGUUAAUUCAUCUUCACAGAGCAAGGGAAACAUCAAGAAAAUAUGCAGGUGUGAUGAUGUUACUGUCUAAGCAUGUGUAACAAAUGUCUGCAUGUUGAACCCUUUGGAGCGGCUUGUUGACGCUGGCAAAACCCAAGCAGCCGCUUAGCUCUCUUGUUCUUCUGUGAAAGAAAAAUUAAAGAAAAUCCCAAACCUCA